UUGAAAAGAGGGAGGAGGAGAAAGGGGAAUAAUAUAGAAAUAGCAUAGUAAUAGAUGCAAAACAAGACAAAAGGAGAAGAAAGUGAAAAGGCAAAAUUCAUAUGAAGAAAUCCAGAUAUAAGAGAAGAACCACUAGAAACUGAAAAGGUGGUUACUAAAACAAGGUUGUUAGAUUAAGGGGCAAAGAUAAAGAUAGAAGAAGAGGCACACAUACAGAGAAACAAUAUGCUGCUGGCAGUGAUACUGAACAUACUGAUAUAUUAUGGCACCAAAGGCUGCUUGUUCUCCCCCUCUUUAUCUCUUUCCUUGAUUCCAGUAAAGACAAAGAAGGCCCUUGUAUGCAAUAUCUGCACGAAUCAAGACUCCCACACUCAGCACAUAUUCACGUUCAAGCUCUCAUUACUUAAGGGUAAGGUACAGAGCAUUAAGAAAAAUAAACGAGGUCUUCUUUAUCUUCUGGACCCAAACAAAAAUGAAAACCAAGGCUUGUGGAGAUGUGAAGUGGAAGAAUAUGCAAAUAUCAGUGUGGAGUAUUAUUUGGGUCCAACCACCACUGUCUCACCUAUUGAGAUGAAGAGUACAACCACAGAAGAAACAUUUGUUGAAUAUAAUACAGAAAAUACAAGAAUUCUUCUAACAAGCAUCAUUGUAGUUGUUGCAACCUUCACACUCAUUGCUGUUCUACUAAUUCCAUCACGUAAUCAUUUCAUUGGACGAUGCAGAAGAACAUCACUUCAUCAUAAACUGCUUCAAGGCAACCUGGAGUCUAACAGUUGGCCCCUUACAGAUGAUUUCCAUUUUGGAGGCCAUAUUCCAUCCCCUGAAACGGAUGAUAAUGUCUCUUACGUGGAGCUAGAUCUGGUUCAGAAAUCUGAAUGCCGGCCUGCAAAUCCUCGCUCUACUAUUUAUGCAUCUAUUGUAUGAUUAACAUAUUUGAACAGUUCAUUAAAAUGCCCUCGGUUA